GCCCUUCGUGGUAAGGACGAACGCUGCUGGACCUCGUUCUCCUCCUCCCGAGCUCGUGUUUCGCGGUUCGGUAUGUCUUUGAGCCUGCUUCCCGUCUCGCCAUGCCCGCUGCUGAACGCCACCUGCCGCCGCCGCCGCCGCUGCUGCUCUUUCUGCCGUGGUUGCUUCUGAUUUUCUGCCUGGAUGGGGCGGUGAGAGCAGCGGGGGAGGGCGGCGGCCUGCCCUCCUCCUCGCCCGGGGACAAUGGCCUCACCGUCGCGGUCGGAGACCCGUCCGCCACCGACCCAACCGCCGCGGGGCGAUUUCUCAGCUCCUCCGCUCUGACCGCAGAGACCCAGUUUGCCCUGAAGGUGCUGGUAAGGGACCUGGUGACCCGUCAGCCACUGCCGGGUGCGUCAGUGGACAUAUAUGUCAACCACACCCUGAGGAGUUCUGCCCAAACAGGGGAGAGAGGUGAAGUUCUGCUCUGGGUAUUGUACAGUCCGGGCCUCAGUCUGACUCUGCUGGGCAACAUGGAAGGCUACGUCCCCAGCGCCCUGCCCUGGAGCACCACCAAGAGACCGAUUUUCUCAGCUGUGACGUUGCUGCUGCUCCCUCACAGUCAGGGCAACAUCUGGCUGUUUGAAGACUCAGUACUUAUCAGCCGGAAGUUACCUGACAGUUCAUCCCAACCCAAGGUUUCGUUCCCCAAGAACCUCCUUACAAUGUCUGAUAAGAGCAACGUCUCCUCAGUGACAGCAUACCUGACUGUGCCACAGCACCACCUAGCUAAAGACUGUGCCAACUGCACGCCGGGCAUCAUCAGCAGCAAAUCAGUGUUCAGAAGCAUCGAGCUGAAGGCAGUGGCAGCCAUCAGUGUCCUGCUGUACUCUGGUGGUCAGGAACUCCAGGUACGAGGGCCCAUUCAAAUCAGCCUGCCCCUGGGACACAGCACGCACCUCAGGGCCUCUGAUACUGUGCCAGCCUGGGCCUUUAACACAAAGACAGGUGCCUGGGAGAAUCAGGGUCUGGGAAUAGUAAAAACAGUUGGUGAUGAGCUGGUUUGGACCUAUACCGCUUCCCAUCUGGGCCACUGGAUCGCUGCCCCACUUCCCUCAUCAAACGAUUACCUGGGUCAUGGAAGCUCUUUGGAUUUCAUAUCACACCACACCUACCUGUUGAUGGGAAUACUGGGAGGAAUGCUGGCUAUAGUGAUUGGAUUCCUUUCCUUGCUGCUGUGUUACUGCGGAGGUUCUCAUCAAGAGCCCAGGAGUAGGAGGAGAGCACGCUUUUCCAAACUCACAGUGGUGAAAAAAGACCAAACCACCUCCACCCACAUGGAAGAGGGUUUGUUGUUCCGUUCUGGCGACAAUAGCCUCGCUUCCUGCAGUGUCCAGUGUGAACCUUCGUCCACACUGAGGCACAAGGCCAACUACAACAUCUAUGUGGAGGAUCCAGGGAGUCUCCCGGCGGCUCCCUUUUAUGACAACAUUGCUCUGAGUCGGAUCAAAGGUUCCCAGCCACCCUCUCACUACAUCAACAGUGAAGAGGUGGCUCGGCUUCGGGAGAGGUCAGAGCAGAACCGGGCCAACAUGAACUCUGACAACUUCUUUCCAGAUAAGCUGGUUCAUAUCUACAACCAGCCGGUGGCCAUCAUUCAGGCGCCGGAGCUUUUCAGUGCUCAGGAGCAGCAACUGUCAGGCUGCAAGUCUGCUACUUUCCCCCGCAACGGAGGUGAGUAUGAUGCUCACUCGGAGCCUGCAAGUAAAGACAGCUACACCCAGACACUACCCAAAGUCCCUCACCACCACUCCCAAGGUGGAAGCAGUCCACAGCAGAGCAGCCAAGAUGAGCCCCAUUCUCUGGAGACUCCUCCCCAAGGCCAAGGCCCUAACGCUAGUGUGUGGGGACGCUACAGUAACCUCCUUGAAUCCUCCGUCUCUGUGCCUGGGACUCUUAAUGAAGCAGCUGGUAUGGAGGCUUUCAGCAAUGGGCAUGGUGUACCCAGUGAGCUGCAGGGGAUUUCAGAGCGCACCUUGCUGGAGCUUACUCGGGGCAAGUCCUUGUCGUCUCACCCCAGGGCCUGGUUUGUCUCCUUAGACGGGAAGCCGGCUGCCCAGGUUCGCCACUCCAUUAUUGAGCUCCAAAGCCGACACCGCCCACCUAGCAGCAACGACACCAGCCUGGACUCAGGGGUGGACAUGAACGAGCCUCAGCAGAAUAUCCGCGAGACAGAGCGUGACAGGCCUUCGAUCAGGGCUUCUUCCCUGCCGCACCACAGCCGAGGGGGACGUUAUGGUGAAGAACAGGACCUGAGCAGUAGUGAGAGUGGCACAACAGCCACCUGUACGCCAGAGGACCCUUACCUGAGGAACAUUUUAGACGGGAGCAGUGGGGCUAUUCCCAACAUUCCUGAAGAGCGAGACGGUAUGGAUACAUCCAGCGCUCAGGAAGACAGUGAGUCAAGAGGUACACCGCCUCCACGGCGCCUGAGGAAGGUGAGGGAGAAGGGGAAAACGGAAAAGAGGAGUGCCAAGCAUGUCCGCGAGGGGAGGCCUCUGACCAAGCGAAGUUAGAGCAUGGCUCAUUGCAGACGAGAAUUCUUUCAUCAGUGCUGAAUUUAAAUGUCCCAUUAACAAUUUAACCCACAUCAAGCUAUUUUCAUCACGUGGUGUCAUCAGUGCUGAGUGAUCCAAAUUAGUUUUUUCCACUAGUGCUCACACAGGCAUUGUUGUUGUUGGGUUAUGUGAUUGUACAACUUUGCCAAAGAAUGCAUAACCAAGCUCAAGAUAUAAAGCAGGAUGUAUGUCAUGUUGAAGCAUUAUGUAGCUGCUGUUAGACAACUUUGCGCACCAUGUUCUCUCAUUCUCCCAAAUCUGAAGAUCACCAGCGAGAUUCUUCACAGCAAAAUGUCCGUGUGAACACGAUAUCACAUAGUCCCCAGCACUGGCAUUAUAGAGGGUGCCUUCUUACUGCCUGUAAUUAUUAAAUAUGAUGAUGUAAGACA